GGCCUCUGUGGGCCUCUUCCUACCUACAUAUGUCAGUAGCGCGUCUUCGCCGUCGUCGAGGGUCUGCGUGGUGACAUCUCACACGCGCACGACUCGGAAGUCUCGAGCCUUUAUCGGUACUACGAACUUGAAGGCUGCGUGGUCACUCGGACACCAACAAAAUGGAGGAAGGCAACUCGAUUACAGCUGCAACGUCCGAGGGCAUCCCUCAAGAUCCAUCGAUUCCGCGACUUCCUGUAGAGGUCUGUGAACGAAUUAUCGACCACAUAGCAACAGGAGUGGAUCUCAAGUACGCGUUCCUGACGAGCGAACCACAUCUAUCCACCCUCGUGUCCUGCGCGCUCGUAUGCCAAGACUGGUACUACCUGACGUGGUACCAUCUUCGUCAACGCAUCCAUCUACGAUGUCGGGAGGAUGUCCUCUCACUCUCCAAGACGCUUCGUGAAAGACCGCGCCUCCGUGAGGCUAUCCAACAGGUCAUCAUAUCCGGUGGCUCACCUGGGUACCGCCAGGCGAUUGGGCACAUCGGGACAUUUGCCAUCAUGCUCGCUGGCAAGGCUCUGAGGUUGUCGAGCAUCGCCAUCACAGAUGCUGAAUUGAUCACUGGCGCGGUUCGAAUGGAGGACAUCGACUAUCUAUCCACGUUCAGUUCCAUUAACACUCUGAACAUCCUCAACGUCACCUUCUUCAGCGUUUCCCAGCUGUCCCGCCUCGUUUCAGCACUGCCGCGGCUGACAGAGUUAUCAUGCACCAAUGUCGACUGCUUGCCGCGAAACCAGCAGGUCUUCCCCAUCUCUCUCCCAUUGAACUGUGGCAACAUGGAGUAUCUCGGAGUACGAUGGGUUGCACCAGAAAUCGAAGACCUUCUCGUGCAGAUCAGCCGGGCUUCUCGAGUGCGCAUUCUCAAUGUUGCAGUAGCCGGCGAGCCGGGUCCCCCCUCAGCAGCUAGUCGAAGUCAGACUCUGCUGGAUGCAAGUUCCACAUCUGCGGAUGUGGUUGGCCUCACUGGCAGGUUCUGGCUCGAUCCUAGCUCUCCCAUGCCUGAUGGGACAAUUGAUGCUACUGUCGGAAAAGCGACACUACAACCUUUCACAUCAUGA